CACUCUCGUCAGUCACCCUUUCCCCCCCACAUUCAUCGAAUCGAAGCACAGUCAUAACAAACGAUAAACAAACAAAGCAAAGGGAACAAAAGAACAACAAAAACAUGUCCUCCAGUAACGAAGUCAAGGUCUGCGGAGACAAAUCGAUCCUGGGCUGGGCGGCCACACCAGGCUGCAAGGGCACUCUUCAAAAGUGGAGCUAUCACUUGGAGAGCACGAGGUCGAAAUCGACCUUUUUUUCCUUUUGCUUACACACACGUGGCUUGUAUCUCUUCUAUUUGUUCUCUGUCGACCCCUGAGGGGACCUGGCGUCAAUAAAAAAAAAAGGCAGCAUCCAUUUCUCGACCGAGGGAUGGGUCUCCUUAAACGUCCUGCGAUUCCCCGGCAGGAGAUCGUCGGCACGGUCGCCGCACGUGGGGACAAGACCGACCACCAGAUCGGGGACCGCGUUGGAGUCGGAUACCUCGCGUCAUCCUGCCGCGGAACGGGUGGUGAUGAUCUUUGUGAAUGGUGCAAAAAGGACGAGGGCCGUUUCUGUCCCAAGAAGUUCGUGACGUUCGACUCACCUUACCAGGGUGGCCGUGGAGGGAUCAGUGAGGGUGGAUUCGUGGAUCGAAUCCGGGUUUAUGAUGAUUUUGCGUUUAAGAGUAAGUGAGGAUAGG